ACAGCAUGCACAGUUGCAACAUGCUGAUUAAAGAGUUCCGAAUUGUCCUGCCCAUUUCAGUGGAGGAGUACCAAGUGGGUCAGCUGUAUACAGUAGCAGAGGCCAGUAAGAGUGAAACUGGUGGGGGAGAAGGUGUGGAGGUGUUGGCCAACGAGCCCUAUGAGAAGGAUGGAGAGAAGGGACAGUACACCCACAAGAUCUACUACCUGCAGAGUAAAGUGCCAACUAUUAUCAGUAAGCUCGCUCCGAAAGGUUCUCUCAAGGUUCACGAGGAGGCCUGGAAUGCAUAUCCUUACUGUAAAACCGUCCUUACCAAUGAAUACAUGAAAGACUUCUCUAUUAUGAUCGAGACGUGGCACAAGCCUGACAUGGGGGAUCAGGACAAUGUACAUGGACUGGAGAAAAGCAAAUGGGAAAAAACGUCGAUAGUUGACAUCGACAUUGCUGAUAGAAGUUCCAUCAGUUCAAAGGACUACAACCCAGAUCAUGAUCCGGCCAUCUUUAAAUCGGAGAAGACCGGCAGAGGGCCUCUGGGACCUGAGUGGAAGAAAGAACUCGCUAACAACCCCAGCUGUCCACACAUGUGUGCCUAUAAGCUAGUCACUGUUGAAUUCAAGUGGUUCGGACUACAGGGCACUGUGGAAAAUAUCAUUCAAAAGGUGGAGAAGCGUGUGUUCACCCACUUCCACAGAGAGCUGUUCUGCUGGAUCGACAGAUGGAUUGAUCUGUCGAUGGAUGACAUACGACGCAUGGAGGAUGAUACAAAGGAAGAGCUGGAUAAGUUGAGGGCGGAUGGUGAAGUUAAAGGCAUGGGAGCUGUUGACAAUGACAACUGACUUGCUAACCCAAUCACUCUGAUACAGGAGCAUUUGACUUCAUUGAGCAAACUCGGACUCUUCUCCUCGGACACUAGACCUAGAACAGCUUGAUAGGCAUAAUCAAGAAUACCACACUUACAUCCUAAUAAAAUUUGCUCUUAAUAAGAGCUUAUUAUUGUAAAGCAA